AUGUCGAUGCCAUUUGCCUCGUCAGCAUUCCUAGCCGCAGCUUCUAAUGCGGCGACGCUGCCCUUUUUGUAUCCAGCUGUCUUAAGAGGCAGCGCAUCAAUGCUUGUCCUGCACUUGGCAUCGCAACCUACAAUGUCGAGUGUCACCAAUUCAUCGGUGCGGGCGUCGUAUCCGCGUCAGACUGUGCGCCGAGCGCAGGUGGCUAACAGUGCUAGGUGGCUUUCAACAUCCGUUGGACGUCAAUCGUCUGCCACUUCGCCUAUGGCACAAUCACAUAUCGGUUCGCAACCAUCAACCUCAAGCUCUCCAUCGCUCUAUUCGGAGCCGCUUGUUGCAAGGUCCUCAUCCUCUCACGCAUUGAAGGACACUUCUCGCCUCAGCAGCACCGAGACCGCCAGUGUCGACCUAGCUUGCGCGACCCUAUCGCCAUCGUCGCCAGCCUCCCCCAAAUCGCAAAAAGAUCCGCGAGUCACGAGUGCCAUUACGUCUCAAUCUCCAGCAACGCCUGUGCCCAACGCUUCAGGUCCGGACUUGACAUCCAAACUCAGUCCCUCGAAGGCAGCGGAGCUUGCCAAGGAUCCCAAAGUGGCCGCCACUAUGCCCGAAGCAUCUUCACUUGCGCCUUCUACAUCUUCUAAGAAGGCAUCGGCAGAUAGAGGCACCAAAUUUCGCUCGCGCACGGCGGCGCUCAAGCUGACACCCACCGCUGUGCUGCGUCUGCGCGCCCUCAUGGAAUCCGAUUCAGGUCCCAAACUUAUCCGCGUCGGGGUGCGCAACAAAGGUUGCGCUGGCAUGUCAUACCAUCUCGAAUACAUCAGACCCGAAGAAGCGGGUCGAUUCGACGAGAGGGUCAAGCAGGAUGGUGUAGAGGUCCUGAUUGACAGCAAGGCACUGUUCAGCAUUAUUGGCAGUGAGAUGGACUGGCAGGAGGAUCGUCUGAGUGCCAAGUUUGUCUUCAACAAUCCCAACGUAAAGGAAGCCUGCGGCUGUGGAGAGUCUUUCCUCACCUAG